AUGAAUGACGAAGACAACUCCACGUAUGACACAAUCCAAAGAGAGAGGCUGUAUGAGGUUCCAGAAGAGGCAGCAGAAAAUGAAGGUGGCCUUUACGAUACCAUCCAUGAAGGCUUGAGGUCCGAAAACAAUUCAUAUGCCACUUGGCUGGAAACCCAUGAAUAUGACCCUGUAUCAGUUGAUGCUGUUGAGAGCGAGGAGAACGGCUUGACCUUUUCCCAGCCAGAAGCAGAGGGCUACCUCCUGCCUGAUGAGGUCUGUCCCGAGGCCCAGGAUCCUCAGCCAGGUGAGUCCCAGGAGGGCAGGGACAUCUGGAUGGAAGAAUUACACUCACCAACUCAGGACCGGGAGACUAGCCCAGAAGAGCUACGGGAGAACAGAGGCUUGAUGGGGGAGAACCCACCUUCUCCUUCAAGCUACACCACCCAGGAGAGCAGUGAAUACUUCCUCACCUGCUACUCUGCCGCUGACGAUGGUUUCGAAGAAAAGAAAGCAGCUUCCAUGGACCCUGAGAUCGUCCUCUUUGUGAAGGCUGGAAUCGAUGGGGAAAGCAUUGGCAACUGUCCCUUCUCUCAGCGUCUCUUUAUGAUCCUCUGGCUGAAAGGAGUCGUGUUCAAUGUCACUACUGUGGAUCUAAAAAGAAAGCCAGCCGACCUGCACAACCUGGCCCCCGGCACCCACCCGCCCUUCCUGACCUUCAACGGGGAUGUCAAGACGGACGUCAACAAGAUCGAGGAGUUCCUGGAGGAGACUCUGACCCCUGAGAAGUACCCCAAACUGGCUGCAAAACACCGGGAAUCCAACACAGCAGGCAUUGACAUCUUCUCCAAGUUCUCUGCCUACAUAAAAAACACGAAGCAGCAAAACAACGCUGCCCUUGAGAGAGGCCUGACCAAGGCACUAAAGGACCUGGAUGACUACCUGAGCACCCCUCUGCCGGAGGAGAUCGACGCCAACACUCUCGGGAACGAUGACAAGGGGUCCCGACGCAAGUUCCUGGAUGGGGAUGAGCUGACCCUGGCCGACUGCAAUCUGUUGCCCAAGCUCCAUGUGGUCAAGAUUGUGGCCAAGAAAUACCGCAACUACGACUUCCCGGCUGAGAUGACAGGCCUGUGGCGGUACCUCAAGAACGCCUACGCCAGGGACGAAUUCACCAACACCUGUGCCGCUGACUCAGAGAUAGAGCUGGCCUACGCCGACGUGGCCAAGCGCCUCAGCCGCUCCUGAGCCCGCCACCGCUGCCCAGCUCGGCC